AUGAAGCCUGCAGUGGAUGAAAUGUUCCCUGAGGGAGCCGGGCCGUAUGUGGAUCUGGAUGAGGUUCGUGGGCAGUAGCGGCUGCUGAUGGAUUUGGCUGCUAAUGAGAAAGCUGUACACUCAGAUUUUUUCAACGAUUUUGAAGACCUUUUCGAUGAUGAUGACAUCCAGUGAUGAAGAUUUUCACGUGUGAAUUAUUAUACUUUUUUUCUUGAGUUUGGUUUAUGAUUUUGGGUUUGUAUUGUUGUCAAUAAAAACUUUUUUUGUGAGAACUGAAAAAAGAACAACGCCCGUUAAAUUUC